AUGACAUUUUGUAAGAAACCAAAAUAGAGCCAUUUUAGUGGCAAUUUCUACGAAUGAAAUGCCCACAAAACGAUUGGAAAAUUUCUAAACAAGGCUCCUGAAUUAAAGAUUUAGAUGUCAGUAGACGAAGGAGGGCGUCCACUGAUCGAUUUCGUCUCCGACGGCCGCCCUAAUGGGCCCGAUGUAGUUCCUUAUCACGCCGACCCGGCAAGUUACAGUACAGCUAUUGUCGGCGGCUCGCAUUAUUACGAUAACAGAACUUCUGAACAGAGACCUUUACUUGGCAGAUCUAGAUCACGAAUGGACAGUCACAGUGAUUCUGAAUACCAAGGAAACCAUUUCGAUGAUCCUGAAUUUACAGGCAUCAUACAUGCGGCCGAGCAAGCGAUUGAUGUGGGCAUUUUGCCCGAACGAAUUUACCAGGGGUCGAGUGGAAGUUACUUUGUGAAGGACAGGGAAGGGGUAAGUUCUCAGUGAUUUUUAGUUUUUGCAGGCUUAUUUAACUCCUAUCUCUACACACCGUGGCAGACAGUAUUAAGAUCCAUAACAGACAAAUAUGGUUAAAUUUGUGGUGUGUUCUCUCACUUAAUUUUCUAAAUUAACACAACUUUCAGUUCCGGUUUCGUUUUUAUGCAAGGUCAUGGUUUCACGUGGGCAUUGAAACAGGUUUUAUGCUUUUGACAUUUUGCUUGAAAGAAUUGUUGCUGGGUGCCAUGCAAUUUCUUGCAAACAUUAUCACGUUUGUCGUUGUUAAAACUGUGGAAUUAAUAGUUAACUCAUAUAUUAUUGAUAAAUAAUAUUUACCAUUGUAUGUAAAACGCAUAGCUGAUACAUGUACUUAUUAUAUGAAUUUGUUUGUUUAUAUUAAAUUUAAGACUUAAUUGUUUCUCAUAUGUGGAUCUUGGAGGUUGUAAUUAUUAGGAGUUUGUUGCCCUGAGUAAAAUAUUGUCAGUGUGGAACAUUGAUCAAUAACUUAAUAAUGACACAGGUACACUGUAUCAUUACUAAUGAACAUCAAAAUUCAAAAUUCCAGCAAGAGUAACAAACAGGCACUGGUCAUUCAAACAUUGGGUAGCAUCCUCUGGAUAAAUCACUAUUCAUUGGAUAAGCAUCAGCAAAACCAAUUGCACUAUCCACCUGAUAGAGAUUUAUCCACUGGAUAGCAUUAUCCACCUUUUGAACUACUGGGCCCAGGUCAUUAAGUAGCGUCCUUACAGCUCUUACCUUCUUCUGUUCCCUCUUAUGUUCCUAUCACAUUCUUGCACGCCUUUUUUAUUUAUUUCCCCUUCCUCUUGACCUCUCUAACCUACCAAGCCCCGAUAUCCACCUACAAAUUCUCCAGACUGGUCUCCAUACAUUACUUUACAAAAUACAGGUAAGUGUUUAAAGUGCUGGCCCAGUUGUUUUCGAGAUUUGGACAGCAAUAUCCACCAGAUAAAUCACUUUCCAGUGAAUAAGGUUUAGGGAAUAUUUUAUUGCAUUAUCCACUGGAGUAAGAUUGAUACAGAAGAUACAUCUUCCUUUUCUCAAUUUGAAAAAGUGGGGCCUGACCUUUUUGCUUGAUUUCUUGCCCAAAUUCCACUUCCAGCAGUGAAAACAACUGUUGUUUUGUACAAUGUACAUGUACCUAAAUAUGUUUUACACUAUAUUAUAUGCAGAAAAAGAUUGGUGUAUUCAAACCCAAGGAUGAGGAACCUUAUGGACACUUGAAUCCUAAAUGGACAAAAUGGUGUCACAAAAUUUGUUGUCCUUGCUGUUUUGGUAGAAAUUGUUUAAUUCCAAAUCAGGGAUAUUUAUCUGAGGCAGGAGCAAGCCUGGUUGAUGGUAAACUUGGUCUUCAUGUGGUCCCUAAAACAAAGGUGAGAGCCAAAAAUGGUGUCACAAAAUUUGUUGUCCUUCAGUUUUGAUAGAAAUUGUUUAAUUCCAAAUCAGGGGUAUUUAUCUGAGAAAGGAGCAAGACUGGUUGAUGGUAAACUUGGUCUUCAUGUGGUCCCUAAAACAAAGGUGAGAGCCAAUAACUACUGCCGACUGUUUAAUACCUCUUGGUGAGGAACACAUUUUGUCAUAAAGAAUGAUGUUCAUUCAUGUUUAAUUGCUAUUUACAUAGUAAUAUUAUUAUUGUGCAUGGCUUCUGAUAUUAUGACCUUAACCAUUCCUCUUAGGGGGACCUGAAAGUGUAUAUGUCACAGUUAAUUUUUUAUCUCAGGUAAUUUUUGUUUUUCUUUUGUUUUUGGUUAUUGUAAUGUAUGCUUAUGAAGUUGAAACCAAGAAAAAUAGAAAUUAUCUAAGAUGAAAAAAACUACAACAUAUACCUUCCCCCCCAACCCCUUGCUCUUCAGAACAUUUUUGAAUCUGGAGGCUUGGAAAUGCCAUUUUCGGCAUUCUGCGCAUAAGAUUGAGUUGAAAUAUGACAGUCAAGGGCACAAUGUACUUUGUAAUGUUGCUUUUAAUGGUAGCAGAAUAAUAUGAAUUUGAUAUGAGAUUCAGUGAUAAUUCAACACCAGCAGUGAGAGCCAAACUGGACACUGCCUUUGAAACCCUUAGCCUCAGGAGUUUAAUGACCUGUUUAAUGUCAAUGGUCCCACCUUAGACUUUUGACUAGAAAUGUACACAUAAGCCAGUGCUUUUUUCCUCCCCCCUCCAACCCUAAAUGGGAUAUCAGUCCAUUGUAGGGUUUUCCCCUUGCCGUAUGCUAGUGGUGCCCAUUUAUACACCUGGAUUAAGAGAGGAAACAUGGAGCAAUAGUACAUAACGUUUACAAAAAAAUAUAUUUAUAUAUUGUGUCCAUUUGUGUUGUCUAGGAAAAAAUAUGGUGGCAAGGCUUGAACCUGCAUUUAGGUUAAAAAGCAUAAAGUAUACAGAUUGUUAGAUUUAAAAACACUGUACUUUCUUUUUUCUUUCAGGUUGUAAGACUUGCUAGUCCAACAUUUAACUACACUGCAUUUGAUCGUGCAAAGGCAAGGUCAAAAAAGUUUGCAACGGAAAGAUUUCCAGAUACUUUAGGAAAGCAUGUUAAAGCCGGACUACCUGCUAAGGUGAGGAUUUUAGUAAGGUUACAAAGUUUCAGCAUACAACGUUCUCAUUACAUACUCUUGGGUAUCCUGGUCACAGCAAACAAUCAAAGGACCUCUUUUAUUCAUGAUGUUGCUAAAAAGUAUAACAUGUCUGUUAUCAAUAACUGUAUUGCAUUGAUACAAAUCCCUAGUAAAAUAACCAUAAGACCUUUACACUGAUCAUUACUCUUGUUUCCGAGUACAGUCUAGUUGACAUUGUAUUAUGUUGUGGUUCAAUUUUAUCAACGGUUUAAAUUUUAUUUCCUUUUGUUUUUGGCAAUAAAUAUUGUUAUCAUCACAGUAUAUAAGUAACUAUAUCAGAAAAAUCAUCCAGAUGUGACAAGGUCAGUGCACAUACUGUAACUUUUCUCACAAUUGUGUCUGAGAAUGAACCAGAUUCCAUCUCAGCACAUAUUCAUUUCAGAAAAUUUCUGGAGGGCCAUGCCCGCAGACCCUCCAAGAAACUCAUAGCCAUCUUAGAUAGAACCCUGACAACAUACCCACUCCUAAGACCUCUCAUAAAAACCUCUCUGGAAGAACUGUAGAGUCAUUCUGAAUAAGAAAAUCUACACUUUCUGUUUUAUAGCAAAUGAAUCUAUGCAAGGUCCUACCAUUUUGAGUUGUAUAAAUACCUGAGUCUAAGAACUAGGAAUUAUUUAAGAACCUUCACUGGAACAUGUACAUGUGUGCUGCAAAUCCAGCAUUCUCAUUGGCUGAUGCACUUUCCUUUCCAUAUCUGUGACCUCAUACAUAGUGAGUAGAGAAAGCCAAGUUUUCUACUGGUCAGCAACAUAUAUCUACCAAAAGAAAACUCAAGUUUGCUUCUAAUAACUGAAAAUCAGAAAUCAAGAAUACAGUGUACAUGUACUUUCAAUUAUUGUUACACAUGUAGCUUGUAAGGAGCAAUAUAAAUACAGGACAGGAUACUAAUGUCUUUGGAAACUUUUUGUUUUCCAGCUUGGCUCUUUUCAACUGUUUGUAGAGGGUUAUAAAGAUGCCGAGUUUCAUCUGAGAAAGUUUGAGGUGGAAGCACUUCCAGCUGUUACACAGAAAGAAUUUAUUCUUCAAUUUCAAAAACUUGUCUGUCUAGAUUAUAUUAUUAGAAAUACAGGUAAAUACAAUAAUUUGCUCUGCAAUGUAAAACUAUUUUACAAAAUUCAAGGUGCUGUAAAAAGCAUAAGUAUCAUUAGAUACAUCAGUUAUGUCGAGGAAGUCAUUAUCCCGGCCCCUUCUUUUACAUUCCCCUACUAAACUUUCAACGUUUAUCAAAAUUAAUAAACAUCUAGUCGUUUGUAAGGCAGUUGAUUUUAAUGUUAUUUUUGUCAAUGUUUCCCACUCAGGGUCUUUUGCUGAGAACAGGUUCCCUUUAAAAUGUCAUGUGACCCCAAAGUAGCCAGUGAGAACACUUAACAUGCUCUUGGGAAAGAAUUCCAGGUCUAUACUUGUGACUGUAAUCCCUCCUGUUAUUGCAUAGAGUAGAAUGAAAAAACUUCUUUUCCACUCCAGAUCGUGGAAAUGAUAAUUGGCUCAUAAAGUAUGAAAGAACACCAGAAGUAGAUAGACAAGUGGAAGGUGAACAAGGGGUGAGUAGACCUGUGUGAGCCAUUACAUGUACAUGUAGGUGCUCUGUUGCAACAUGCAAGUCUGUCUGUAUCUGUGUUUGUUGGGGGGGGUGUUAAGGGGAGGCAGCGCUUUUCGCUUCCUAUCUCAUCUCUGGCAAUAUCCUGUUAUUAUUUAUUUACCAAAUCAGUGAAUAGCAAUUUUUGUGCGUUUUGAUUGGCUCCCGUAACUCGGAAUAUCCUAGGCUAUUCACUGUUUUGUGACUGGAGCCAAAAUGGCAUCUUGUUUCUAGACAUGACUGUUCGGAAAGACGAAAUUUGAACAAUGAAUGAAGCAGCCAUACAUACAAAUACGGAGGAAGCGACAAGCUUUGGCCUGUCAGUCUUUACUGGCAGUUAGAAAAUUAUUUUCAUGCUGAAUUUGCAACAAAAUCAUAAAAUGCACUUGACAAAAUCCCCGAAAUGUGUGUAAAUUGUAAACAAAGUUCCUACUAAGUGACGUUUUUUAUUUACAAAAAGUUACUUUUUUCAUUUUUAUCCAACUGAGUUUUGUAAAUACUAAAACAACUAUCCCCCUCAGGGUCUGUGUAUACCUCGACGUUUCACCUCUCGGUAUAUUUUCACCACUAUUCACCUCCCCUUCAGGCAAUAGUUGUAUAUUAUUGACAUGUUUUAAUUGAUAUUCACUAAGACCAAAUUUGGUCAGAGCCGGCUGGUUAUGAAGAAUUAGGAUUAGGAUUUGAGUCAAUCGGAAACAGUGAAAUAUAUUAUUUCAAUAAAUAAAUUAAAUACUUUAUGAAUGAACUCUUUUGUUAACAGGGUGACUGGGAUUAUGUGGAUCCUCCCAAAAUAUAUGUGGCUGCUAUUGACAAUGGACUGGCUUUUCCUUUCAAACACCCUGACUCUUGGCGUGCUUGUAAGUAUAUUGAUUUGAAAAAAUGUUCUUCUAUGAUGUCUUCGCUGUAUAAGAAGUUUUUGGAUUAUAAAGACACGAAAGUACAUGUUAUGUCACGUGGGCCAUAGAGCCCUGCAAGAGCUCAGCACUGGCGUACAUGCAUGUUUGCAUUACUAUGUUGUUUUUGAAGAUGAUCUGAACUGCGGAAAUACAAAUUUAAAUGAAGAUGUGAUCGUCGCAGUGGUAAUUGCAAAUUAAGCAAUUGCAAAUUAACCCAAAAUUUCGGGACUUCAUCGGGAUGCGAACCCAUGACCUCUGCGUUAGCGCUGCAGCGCUCUCUACCAAAUGAGCCAUGAAGACCCAUACAUUGCGAGCAGGCCAAUUUAACCGGUGAAAGGAAUAAACUCAACCAAUUUGCCUGCUCCCAAUGUAUGGGUCUGCAUAGCUCAGUUGGUAGAGCACUGCAUUGCUAACGCAGAGGCCAUGGGUUUGAAUCCCUUUAAAGUCCCGAAAUAUUUUCAGGUUAAUUUGCUAUUGCUUAAAUUGCAAUUACCACUGCGACAAUCAUAUCUUCAUUUAAACAUAUUCCUUUUAUCUCGCAGAUCCAUUUCACUGGGCAUGGUUAACACAAGCUAAAGAACCAUUUUUGGAGGAGAUAUGUGAGCUUAUUUUACCGCUUCUUUCCGAUAUGAAUUUUGUACAGGAUCUAACGGAUGAUCUUUACCUUCUUUUUCGGGUAUGUACUCUGCAAGAUUAUAUUGGGUAGAAAACUUUGAAUAGAAAUAAAGUAACAUGUCUUUUUCUACUGAUAGUGAUUAUUGUCCUUUUUUUCCUGAACAGGAGGAUAAGGGCUUUGAUAAAUCUUUGUUUGAACGCCAAAUGUCAGUGCUACGGGGACAGGUAAGGUAUAUUUUUUCCUGUAUUAAUUUCCAGUCAUUAAAACACGACUACAAAAAAAAUAGAGGCACGUCCUACAGGAAGUCAUUCAAUAUUAUUGACUCUCACUGAGAAUUUUCCAAAUAUACUUAAAUUUGUUCUUGUAGGAUUAGCAACAGAUUUAGUAAAAUAACGUGGUUCAUUUUUCUUUUCAUUUUCCGCCUUUUUACCCCUCAUCAUCUUGACGAUUGUUAUAUUUACAUUGUACACUUAUAUUGUACACAUUGUAAACGCCUGCGAAUCUGACCAGAGCAACAUUGAUGCGUUGCAACUUUCACGGAAACUGUUUCUGGUCUGUAGCUAGUUGUUAUGGACUUUUUUGUUUUCUCAAGAUUUACUCGUCUUAGGUGUGAGUGAUUGGGUCUACAACGUUAAACAUCUUGUCAGGCUCCUCGUCAACUAAGCUAACCUCUCUCUUCCUUUCUGUGAUUUUCUGUCUCAUUAUUUUCAGAUCUUAAACUUAACUCAAGCUCUGCGAGACAAGAAAUCUCCUCUUCAGCUUGUACAGAUGCCUGUUGUUAUUGUAGAAAGAAAGAAAGUCGACGCUGGAGAUAGGUUGAGAAGCCAGAGUCAUGCCUUUACUCAAAGCUUCCAGCAUCGCUCGCCGUUCUUCUCUUGGUGCUAA